UCCAAUUGCUAACCCAACCCUAGAGCCACAAAACAAAACAGAUCACAUAGUCGUUUAUGAAAAUCACGUUAACCCUAAUAAAUCAAGUUACGGCCGUGUAUCUCAAAGACAAAUCGGGCUGGGAGGAUGAUAGAGAGAGAAUCGAGGGUUUGGUCGUGGCUUUACGAUUCCUGGACAACAUUGAACUCUUGCCUUUGUUCCUCCGCGACGAUGGAAAGUGAAGCCUUGCCUUUGGCGAUGGAGAAGCUUUGCCUCUGGUGAUGGAGACUGAAUCUUUGUCUAUGGCGGUGGAGAACAAAGCUUUGCCUCCGGCUAUUGUCCCUUCUCUAUAGUAUAUGGAAAUAACAAGCUGUAAAACUAAUCAAGAUUCAAGAUCUUCUUUAUAGGGAAAGUGGGUUUUGAAAAGUUUGCGAAGAUAUGGACAGAAUCAGCCAGUUGCCUGAUGAAUUGCUUUUGAAGGUACAAUUGUUUCUUCCAACAAAAGUUGCUGCAAGCACAAGUAUUUUAUCCAAGCGAUGGGAGUUUCUCUGGAUGUGGCUGCCUAAACUUGAGUACGAUCAGUCAACGGAUAAACGCAAUAGUUUAAGUCGUUUUAUUAAUCUGCAUAUGCCACAGCAUAGAGCUCCAGUCAUAGAGAGCUUGCGUCUCAAUUUUUGUCAUGGAUACACGGGAUCAGUUACACCUGGAGAUGUCACACUGUGGGUAGCUAUUGCAGUUACUCGCUUCCUUCGUGAGUUGAGUCUUGACCUUAAUACUCUUGAUGAAUCUACUAAACUGCCGAGUAGUUUGUAUACUUGCAAAUCGCUCGUGCUCUUGGAACUGAAAAGAGUUAAUGUCGUUGAUGUUCCUCGUACGUCUCGUCUCCCUUCCCUGAAAACUUUGCAUCUUCAAGGUGUGGUUUAUGCAAAUCAAAAAUCUCUUCACCGACUUCUUUCCAGUUGCCCUGUUCUUGAGGACCUAUUUGUGGAACAAGAUGGGUAUGAAAGUGACCACUUAGAAGAAGUGAGUGUAAUUGUGCCGUCCCUGCAGAGACUAACCCUAAAGCUAUGUAGAGGAUAUUUUUUCAGCGCGGUUGUGAUAAAUACUCCAUCUUUGAAGUGUUUCAAAAUGUCUGAUCAUACUUAUGAGCAUGAUAACGGUAGUGAUUCUGAUGAUUACUCCUUCUGUUCUGAUGAUAUGCCUAAGUUGGAGGAGAUGGAAGUCAAUUCGAGCUACCUUGGUAUAGAAAACUUUGUUAGGUUAAUCACAUAUGUCAAGCGGCUUUCAUUAUGCCUACCAGACCAAGCUGAAAAUGCUUUAUAUCGUGAGGGUAUUGUCUUUAGUCAGCUUCGUCAUCUGAAGCUGUGUUCAUGUACUAUUAAUUGGUCAAAAUUACUUGUUCGGUUACUCAACGAUUCUCCUAAUUUACAAGAGCUUGAGAUCCAUCUAACUGAUGAUCAUACAAAUAUUUGUGAGGAUCCACCGGUUUGCUGGGAGAAUCAACUGGCCUGUGUUCCAGCAUGUCUGUUGUCGAGUCUCGGAACUUUCAAGUGGACAGGGAUAUAUGGAUCGCAAAAAGAGUUAGAUCUGUUCAAAUAUGUGUUGGGUAAUGCUCGCUGCUUAAAGACUGCGACAAUCUUGUUUCGAUCAUCGUUUUGUGCACUGGAAGAGGAUGGGCUUGAGAUGGUUAUACGAGAUUUAUCACUUUCUUUUCGAGGUUCAAAAGAUGUUAAACUCGUAUUUGUUUGAGUAUUUGAAUCAUUUGAUGCUUUAGUUUAUAUAACAAGAUUCAGACUUGCAUUUAUAUAUAGACAUAGAUAUGCCUAUGGACGGGUUCUUUUUCCCCCUAAUUGGAUUUAGUGUAUGG